AUGCAGUACUACGAAACCCGUGAAAAAGAAUACUACGAUGUGGCUCAAGGCCAAAGCCGCCAGGGCUAUGGCCAGAAACACCAGGAAUAUGGCCAGAACCGCCAGAAUUUUGAGCAGAACCACCAGGGAUAUGGCCAGAGCCAGACCCGUCCAGUAUAUGGGAAUAGCCCGACUCUAAACCACCGUAGCCACGGCGGUUUUCUUGAUGGGCUAUUCAAAGGUCAAAAUGGCCAAAAGGGUCAGAGCGUUCUAGGGUCAUUGCUAGGACAGCACAAGAGCCAAGAGGCUAACAAGGGCCAUGGACAUGGGAAGCUCUUAGGACAGCACCAGAAGAAAACUCAUGAGACAAACAAAGGUCUUAAUGGCCUAGGUAUGUUCAUUAACAAUGGAGAGAAGAAACACAAGAAGCAAAAUGAGCACAAGAAGAAGAAGAACAAGGAUGGACACGGCAAUGGCAAUGAGAGUGGAAGCAGCAGCGGUAGCGACAGCGAAUAA